AUGGCCCUUUCCAUCAUGUUGUGGGCAAAUUAUACACGGGAUAAGGUCAAGCUCAUGGGGAAGUCCGAAGAUGCUGUACACAGCGACUACGUGUUGAAGUUUCUUUACGACAGGGAAUGUUCUCGCCUCAGUGCUGUUGUUCAGGUGUCUAUGCGUGACAGGUCGUACAAAGUGGAGGUAGGUUGUGCAGGCUUGCAGCUUCACCUGGAUGAUACCUUUGGUGUGGCAUACUCAUCAUGUGAAUGUCCUUUGGGUCAAUUUUCCUGUCACCAUGUAGCUGCUGCACUUCUGUUUUGUUGCAGGAGAGCCAGCAAAACUGAUGUGAAGUGUAGCUGGCUAGAUGCACCCAAGUCUAAAAUGAGGCCAGGGAUUGCCAGUAUGGAGGAACUGUUUCCACCUCGCAAGCCUAAUUACAAGUGA